CGUGCACUAAUUUCCGUUUUCGGAUUUGGUGUGCAGUGUUUGAAACCAAGAGCUGAGCAGAGCCCGUCGUGCCUUGGUCCUGACGCAGCUGUGAUAUGAAUCGGUGAAUCAGUGACCUGUCAUGGCCGCCCAGACCAAAGUGCCCUCCCUGCGUUUUGGCCAGGUGGUGAUUGGGCCCCCUGGCUCAGGGAAGACCACUUACUGCCAGGGCAUGCAGGAGUUCCUCACCCAGCUGGGGCGCAAGGUGGUGGUGGUCAACCUGGACCCCGCUAACGAGGGCCUGCCCUACCCCUGCGCCGUGGACAUCGCCGAGCUGAUCACUCUGGAUGACGUGAUGGAGGGCCUCAAGCUGGGGCCCAACGGCGGCCUCGUUUACUGCAUGGAGUACCUGGAGGCCAACCUGGACUGGCUGGAGGAGAAGGUGGCGAAGCACCGGGACUGCUACUUCCUGUUCGACUGCCCGGGUCAGGUGGAGCUGUACACCCACCAGAGCUCGGUCAAGAACAUCUUCGCCCGGCUGGCCCAGUGGAGCUUCAGGCUGACCGCUGUGCACCUGGUAGACUCCCAUUACUGUGCUGACCCUGCCAAGUUCAUCUCCGUGCUGUGCACCUCGCUGUCCACCAUGCUGCAUGUGGAGUUGCCCCAUGUCAAUGUCCUCUCCAAAAUGGAUCUCGUCGAGCAGUUUGGGAAACUGGCGUUUAAUCUGGACUAUUACACUGAGGUUUUGGACUUGUCAUAUUUACUGGGGCAUCUGGCUGAGGAUCCUUUUUUCAAAAAAUUCAAGCGCCUGAAUGAGAAGCUGGUGGAGGUCAUCGAGGACUACAGCCUGGUCUCCUUUGUGCCUUUGAACAUUCAGGACAAGGAGAGCAUGGUGCAGGUGAUUCGGCAGGUGGACAAGGCCAAUGGCUACUGCUUUGGAGAUCUGGAGCAGAGGAGCCUGACAGCUAUGAUGUCUGCAGCUGUGGGGGCUGAUUUUCACUUCAAUUCGAGCCUGGCUGUGCAGGAGAAGUACGUGCAGCCUGGCAGCAAAACUGUGGAGGCAGAGGUGAUGGACUUGUAGCUGGCAGCUGGACACCCACUCUCACACCUGAUCCGCCCUGGCGUCUGCAGCUGUCCUUCCUCAGGUCGCCCACAGUCACACCCCAGCUGGAGCUAUCCUGCCCAGUUACAGCCCUACCCUGCCAGCAUCCAUGUGUAGAUACCAUGUUCAGUGCACAGCUGCUGAGAUAGUUCCAGAUGAAUGAUUAGUAACAUGACUGCGCUUUUUCAGCACGGUUUGUUUUGUUAUGCCCCCUGUUCAACACUAUAGACCUAUAGCACAGGGGUAGGGCAGACCAUUCUGCACGUGUGAUAUAAAUAUGGUGGUGAGAUCGUGGCAUGCUGCCCAUGUGUCAGUACAGCCUGGCCACAUUCACACAGGACAGGAGGGAUUUGUGAUAGCCCAGGGAGACCAGCUUCGGAUACAGCAACGCCUAAUGCCUGUAACCUUGAAUUAGCACCUGGACUUCAAUUCUACAGUUAGUCCUGGUGGCUUACAGGGGUGAGUUGACAUCAUGAGCGAACAAGAGCACAAGAACUGAAGCAAUGUUUCAGCUCUCAGCCAUGUGGAACUUUGAACAGAAUAAGGCAGCUGCAGGAUUUUACUUAGGACUUUGCCAGGUUUUUUUUUUUUUUUCAU